AAGAAUGCAUCCCUUAAUACGUUUUUACCGAUAUCGACAUGAAUGUGAUAAAAUGUUUUUAUAUUCUUUCUUUUAUUAUUAUGUCUGACGCAGCUCUUGAGCAAAAUGAAAUACAAAUAAAACCAGGGAAAAAUUUGUAUUCGAUUUCAUUAGAUAACAUUGAAUGUGUUUUUGAAGCUAAUGUUCAAGGUGGAACUGGGGAGAAAUGGUAUAUUAAAAUUGGAAUAAAUGAUAAGGAAACGGUUUGUCAGAUAAACAGGAAUAGUGAAACUUAUCUUGUGUUUCAAAAUUUUAAACUAAAAAUGAAUGGAAAAACUCCUGAUAAUGCAAUGCUUAUGCACAAAGGUCUAGUCCUAGAUGGCCAAUUUAUAUUUUCUAAACAAGAUGGAUCAGUUAAAGAAAGUCCGAUAUUUAAAUCUAGAUUGACAACAAUUGUGUUAGGUGCUCUAAAAGAAAAUAAAAAUGAAUUAUAGACUUUAAAAGUUUGUUCUAAUUUAUUGAUUGUAUUUGGUUUGAUAUAUAAAUAAAUUGGUUUUGGAUAAAUCUCGUAACCACAAGAGAGAUUC